GGGUCUGUCCCAACCUCGGGAGGGUUGUGGGCUGCAUUAUGUUGCAGAAUCUGAUCAAUCAGCGGAGGAUCCGCAGGUCUGGGAGGAGAAACCGCAUCAGCAGAGGCAGGAACUGAGGGAAAGGAGAGGACUUCGAGAUGUGAGGAGUUCCCACACUGCGGUCAAUCCAGGACUCGCUGCGACUCUGCGCUGACACUCGGGGGUGUGAGUGAGUCCUAAUCUGGUGCACUGAGCAGAGCAGACACGGACCUAACCCACACUGUCUGUGUCAGUCUGUCUGUCUGUCUGUCUGUCUUCUCAAGGGAGUCAAGAAACCGCAGGAGGCUUCAUCAACCGAACAGGGAGGGCAGACAAUACUGACCAGGAGACGGGCAUCACUGGGAAAAGCCAGAGACAGGGAGACAGACAUCCUGGAACAUGAGGGACAACAACCUGAACACAUAGUGGGAAGAAAAAUACCGUAAACACUGAGAAGCAGAGAGACAGAGAGAGACAGAGAGAGACACACAGAGAGAGAGAGGCAGGAAUAAAUCUAGAGAUAGGACAGAACUAAAGAGAGACACAUAGACAGAAAUAAAUAAUACGAUUUAGAUAAAUGGAUGGAUGGAUGAAGGAAUAAAGAGAUAAACAGUGAGAAGCAGAGGAAAGUGCAUACAGCGUAUUUAGAAUCAAAGGGGAAGAACACGAAAGGGUAGAGAAAGAGACAGUGAAUGAGGACAGUGGGUGAGUGAGGCAGAGUGAGAGCUGCAGACGCUCAGUGCUGAUGGGCAGGCGGUCAGCCUCAGUCCAGGCUCCACACGCACUCCUCAACAUGUGGCUCACUCCCUCCUGCCUCCUCCUGCUCCUCUCCCUCCUCACGCCAAUGCAAUGCUCUCAGAAAUUCUCGGCACUCAAGUUUUUGAGAGUGGAUCAAGAUAAGAACAAGGAGUGCAAUAUUAACUGUCUAGGAUCACAGCAGAAACCAGUUUGUGCAUCUGAUGGAAGGACCUUUUUGUCACGAUGUGAAUUUCAACGUGCUAAAUGCAAAGAUCCACAAUUGGACGUAGCCUACAGAGGCAGAUGUAAAGAGGCCUCCAGAUGUGUGGCAGAACGGAAAUACUCCCAAGCACAGGCUCGUAAAGUCCUCCAGGAGCUUUUUGUCCCAGAGUGUAAUGAAGAUGGAACAUACAGUCAGGUCCAGUGUCACAGCUACACCCGAUACUGCUGGUGUGUCACUCCUAACGGCCGGCCUAUCAGUGGCACAGCUGUAGAACGUAAAACACCCCGCUGUCCAGGCUCUGCCACAGAAAAAGUGCCCCAGCGAGAAAAAAGUGGUAAAAAAGUCUCUUUUCAAAUUUUUUCGUUUCUAAACUCAGAUGACAUUUCAGCUCCUGUACUGAACACUCCGCGUCAAGUUGAUGAAGAAGACAUUGCUACCCAUUACCCAACAUUGUGGACUGAACAGGUGCGAAGUCGGCAGAACAAGACCAACCGUCAUCCAGCCUCGUCAUGUGACCAGGAACAUCGAUCAGCUUUGGAAGAUGCGAAAAGGCAUAGGAACGAGGCUAUUUUUAUUCCAGAAUGCGCCAGUGGAGGUCUUUAUAAACCCAUCCAGUGCCACCCCUCGACUGAAUACUGUUGGUGUGUUCUGAUUGACACUGGCCGCCCAAUCCCAGGAACCUCCACACGACAUCAGCUGCCGAAAUGCGACAUCAAUGCCAGAGCCCAGCCAGUGAAGCACAAGAAUCUGUACAAAGACCGGUUACUCUCAGGGUGUCCCGGGGCAAAGAGAAAUGAGUUUCUUACCAGUGUGCUGGAUGCAUUGUCAACAGAUAUGGUGCAUGCAGUGUCUGAUCCAUCCUCUUCUGCUAGCAGAAUGUCAGAACCAAACCCCAGUCAUACGCUUGAAGAAAGAGUGGUUCACUGGUACUUCAAACAAUUGGACAAAAACUCAAAUGGUGACAUUGGGAAAAAGGAAAUCAAACCCUUCAAGAAGUUUCUGCGCAAAAAAUCUAAACCGAGGAAGUGCUCAAAGCGAUUUAUCGAAUAUUGUGACCAGAAUUCUGACAAAUCCCUAUCAAUCCAGGAGCUAAUGGGCUGCCUUGGAGUAACUAAGGAAGACGCUCCCAAACCCAACUAUGCAGGCACUUCAGCAGCCAAACAGCAAUCAUCAAAGAAGCAAGGUUGAGACCUGUCAACAUCCCUGAUCCACACCCAACAACUGUGGCUUAAAGGAGCCAACUGCAGCAAAAACAAAGCAAUAACAAUAUAGUAUUUGCACUUUGUACUUUAUAUGUAAAUUCACAUUUUAGAAAGAAGAUAUUUAAGCAGACUUUUCAAUCUGUGAAAACUUGUAGUUAGGUUUUAUAAUUUAUCAUAUACAAUGUAUGUGAUCUCUUUCUUUUGAAAGCUCUAUUUGCCCGAGAUUUCGACACUUUUCUUUUGCAGAACAUUUAUACGUAAAUACAUUGCAAGAACCAAAUACUUAAAAGAGAUUUUCAGUGGAAUACCUUUCACAACCAUAAGCAGAAAAAUCACGCAUAGUUCCUUGAUGACCUGCAUUUAUUGAUUAUUUUUUAUCUUGAAGCUGUAUAAUUGUAGGGAUGCUGCUAUCUAAAGUAGAUCUGGAUUCCCUUCCUUACUCAUAGUGAUCAACAGUUAUAAACACAGUUCCUGCAUUUUGACCUUCUUACAUUUUUGAAUGUUCAUUUCUGAUGGGACUUUAAAGUAGCCAAUAGCAGUGAAAAGUUUGGAGUUUACAUAGGUUUAGAAUUAUUUCCUUUACUUUGUAUAUUUUAAUGUUUGGCUUUUAUUUAUUCCAUGACUUUGAGUAAUCACACAAUAAACUUGGAGUGGGAAUGUUAUGGAUAACUGUGUUACUCUUCAGUGAUUGUGUACCUCCCAUCCUACCCUCCCCUCAAGCAUAUUGCUACUGUCAAAGCACACAUUGUAAAUCUAAUCUCUGGGGGGACAGGAAGGAUAGUUUGCUGUUCUCUCUUGCCUACACCUGGUGCAAACACCCUCAGGUGUUCCCUGACCCAGCAAAACCACAAAUCUUUAUCAGUC